UGAACCUCAGUGGCGCCGCUCACGUGAACUUCACCGAUUGUUUUCGUAGGUGACGUGUGCUGUGUACUGUCUCUCAUAUAAUUUCGUUUGUAAUUUAAGUUUCGCUGUGCUAUCGAAAGCACUGCAUACAAACAAAACAUGUUAAAGCACGGUGGUAUAUUGCUUGUUUUUUUGUGUAUACUUGAAUAUGGCACAGGACUUUAUUUUCAUAUCGGUGAGACGGAGAGAAAGUGUUUCAUCGAGGAGAUUCCAGAUGAAACGACAGUUUUAGUGUAUUAUAGGGUUGAAAUAUACGAUCCCCGAACCGGCGGGUUUAUGCCCAGCAGUCCCGGAAUGGGGAUGCACGUGGAAGUCAGCGAUCCCGAUGAUAAAAUGAUCCUUUCAAGAGUAUACAGUUCAGAGGGACGAAUUUCUUUCACCUCUCAUACACCCGGGGAACAUGUCAUUUGCUUAUAUUCCAAUAGUACGGCUUGGUUCAGUGGUACUCAGCUGAGAGUACAUUUGGACAUUGAAGAAGGUCAACGUGCCAUUAUAUAUAAUAAUUCAGCACAAGUUGAGAAGUUCACUGAAUUACAACUUAGACUGCGUCAACUUCUUGAUCAAGUAGAGCAGAUUACAAAGGAACAAAACUAUCAAAGGUAUCGCGAGGAACGUUUUAGACAAACCUCUGAGAGUACUCACAGACGUGUAUUUUGGUGGUCUCUCACACAGUUUGUAGUUCUAUUAGGAAUGGGUACAUGGCAAAUGAAACAUUUGAAGAACUUCUUUGAAGCAAAGAAAUUAGUAUAAAAUAAAAUUCAGUUCUUUCUAGAAUAUUAGGCAUUGUAAAGUUUUCUUUGUCAUUGCGGGAAAUCUGUUUUAAUUUAUUAGAGAAGGAAAGACGAAAAUCGUAAACAUAAACUAAUGGUCUGUUUCCAAGAAUAAUUUGGUCUUUUGGGCGUGUUCACACAUAUUCAUUAAUGAAUGUUACUCAAAGCAAUUGAUCCUUUACAUUAAUAAUAAUGGUUUACAAUGUGAUUUUUCAUAGAAA